AUGAAUUCAAAAAGGGCGGAGGUAUUAAUACUCACGAAUCCUCGUCAGGAGGCCUUGGCACCUUUCUUGGACUCUACUCUACUAGCUAACGAGGAGGAGCCCGUUUCAAACAAAUGUGCGGGCUCUGGGCAGCACCAGGAGACUAAAGAAGGGGGAGACUCAACUGUUCCAAAGGAGUUGAACCAGACAGAAGUGACAGAGCUAGCCGAGGUAGAAGGAGAGGCGUCGGCUGAUGGAGAUCCAUCGGGGGUUGUUCCAGAAGCUUCGGAAGGAGAGGCUCUAGUGGAGGUUCCCGUAUUGGGCUUUUUGGAGGGGAGUUCGGGCUCUAAGCUCUUUGGGCCGACUUUUACUAAAGGACAAGUUGAUAAAAUCCCUGUUUCUCUGAAACCCAAGCCAGCCUAUAGGAAGGCCCUAUCUCGUUCAUGGAAUCAUCAUCCGAAUGAGCUUAGGAAUACUCAAUCGGGAAAGGAAGACUCUUUCGGUCGUAGUGGGGGAUUAGCAAUGUUAUGGAAAGAUGAUGCUGAUUUGCAUAUUAUAAAUUACUCUACGCACCACAUUCAUGCUUUGAUUAGGAACUCUAUGUUUGAGGGAGGGGCGGGUAUUAUCACGGGUGUAUAUGGUCAUCCACAAACUGAGAGGAGGGAGGAGGUGUGGUCUAUUGUAAAAGGUUUGGGGGUGGGAAUGACUAGUCCGUGGUUGGUGUUUGGGGAUUUCAAUGAGAUCCUCAACCAAUCUGAAAAACAGGGGAGGAAUCUUAGAAGUGAAAGGCAAAUGGCAGGGUUUAGAUCUGUAUUAGAGGAAAAGGGCCUUAGAGAUCUAGGAUUUUCUGGGAAACCUUUUACAUGGUGCAAUAGGAGAGAGGGAGAUGUUAUAUGUGAGAGGUUGGAUCGGUUUUUGGGAAAUCUGAUGUGGUGUGAAGCUUUUCCCUUUACCCAUGUUCAACACGGAGUAGUAGCUUACUCGGACCAUACUCCGAUAUGGCUGGACUCUAAUGGGGGGUCGAUAAAGCGAAAGGGUCAUCGGCUUUUCAGAUUUGAAGCGAUGUGGGUAGGGGACAGAGAAUGCUCAAAUAUUGUGGAGAGAAUUUGGAAUGAAAGUGAGGGUACUGAAUACUGCAAUAACCUCAUAGGCAAAAUUUCUAAAUGUGGAGUUGAGCUAUCAAAAUGGAAUAAAAGAUCAUUUGGAAAUGUUCAAAAAGAAUUGGCCUCAGCUAAAGAGAAAUUAAAAGAGACAGAAGACUUGGACCCAGCUUAUCAACAACUGUCCCAACACAAGGUGGCUCGAGAGGAAAUCCAGAAAUGGUUGGAAAGGGAUGAAAUUAUGUGGAAACAAAGGUCAAGGGUGUUAUGGUUAAAGGAAGGGAAUAGCAACUCAAUGUUUUUCCAUCAUAAAGCUAACGUAAGGAGGAGGAAAAACUGGAUUCAGCAACUAAAAGAUGAUAAUGGCAACUGGAAAAGGGGAGACCAAAUGGGCAAGAUGAUAGUGGAUUAUUUCCAAAGUUUAUUUUCUACUGAUUUAGAUUCAGAUGUCACUGAUGUGCUCUCAGGUGUAGAAAGGAAGGUCUCUCCCCAAAUGAAUGCAGAUUUACUACUUCCUCAUGAGGCAAAAGAAGUUGAGGAAGCUAUUCAGCAAAUGCACCCUCCACGACUCCGGGUCCUGAUAUGUGCUUUUGUUCCCGGGAGGCAAAUAAUGGACAAUGUCCUUAUGGCGUAUGGAAUUCUACACUACAUCAGAAAUAAAAGAGUGGGUCGAGAAGGCUAUAUGUCGCUUAAACUAGACAUGAGUAAAGCGUAUGAUAGAGUUGAGUGGGGUUUCUUAAGGGGAAUGAUGAAUGCUCUUGGUUUUGAACAAAGGUGGACAGACCUGGUUAUGCAGUGUAUAUCAACAAUUUCAUUUUCAGUCCUUGUCAAUGGCAGCCCGAAAGGUCAUUUCUAUCCAUCUAGAGGAAUUAGGCAAAGGGACCCCUUAUCCCCUUACCUGUUCCUCUUGUGCACUGAAAGCUUGAUUAAUCUAUUAAGAAGGAAUGCCGAACCAGGCAUGAUUGAAGGGGGGAUUCACAGUGCAUUGCAUUUGUUAAAAUCUGGCUGUGCUAGGAGAGUGGGUAAUGGGGCAGAAAUCAAUGUUUUCAAGGAUCAAUGGAUCCCUGGAAUCUCACCAUUUGUGUUACAAAGUGAGUCUUAUGCCCCUAGUCAAGCGAAUAUGAAGGUGGAAGCACUCAUGGAUAGUGGUACGGGGAAAGGAGAAGUGAAGUUCGCAAUUGUCACUAUAAAUUACUUCUUGAAGUGGGUAGAAGUGGAGGCAUUGAUGACGAUUACAGUUGGCAACAUCAUAAGGUUUCUUUGGAAAUCCAUUAUGUGUCAGUUUGGCAUGCCACGAGCCAUCUUGGACAAUGGACGACAGUUUGACCAUGACCAACAUAGAGACUGGUGUGCUGAAUUAAGGAUCAAGGCCAAAUACUCUUCCCUCAGUCACCCUCAGGCCAAGUGA